GCCAUCAGUCGACUCAAUAUUAAGAAUUUUUGAUGGUCUUAAGGAGUAUUUUUUGGGAGAUCCCAACACCCCAAAUUCUUUGCUACUAUUUUUUGAAGAUCCAAGGGCCAAGAUGUGGCUGCUUUUCCUUCGUGAUCAAGCAUCUAUUUUCAACAGAACAGUUAAAGCAGUGGAAAGCGACAAUAUUAAUGCAAUGGAAGUUGGGCAUGCACUCAAUUCUUUUGUCCAAUCGCUUGAAUCUCGGAAAAAAAGAAGCAUUUUUGUCCGCUACAGUGCAAAAGGAAAUGGAACAUAUUUCUGCUGUUGACGAAAGAGUGUCAAAAGAAGAGAUGCAAGAUCUCUCACGUCAAUUCUAUGAAUCAUGUAUAAAAUAUAUUGAAAAGGGGAAAGAACAAUUUGACCAUAUUAUGAUUUUUGCCUGGUGUGCGCUUGAUCAACCACCGCAAUGGAAGUUUAUCGAAACCACCGCGAAGUACAUCGCAACCAAUAACCAUUUUGAUCUGGAAUCAUCCGAUACUGAUUUAUUCGAUCAGUUCAUGUAUUUGGAAAGAUACGUAACCGAAGAGAACAAUCGUGGGAAGAAAAUGGUACUGCCACCGAUCAACGCUGGGUUGAAAUUUUUCAAAAUUUCGUCAAAAAGAAGGUUCGAUACAACCACAUGGUCAGAAUCAUAUCGUAUAUUCUCUCCUUGCCAGGCACAUCAGCCACCGUUGAACGAGUAUUUUCUCUGAUCAAUCAGAUUUGGAGCGAUGAAAAAUCACAAAUAAAGAUCGAAACAUUGCGAGAUCUUUUAUAUGUUCGAUACAACAUUAAAAUGACUUGUAAGGAAUUUUUUGAAUUUUUAAAAAUGCAACCUAAAAUGUUGAAGGAAAUUGCAUCAAAUGAAAAAUACGCAUUCAAAAAUGCCAAACAGAUCAACGAAAACAAAAAUAAGUAUGCUGAAAUUUGUAUGCAAAAAAACGAGUUUGGAUAUCGAAAAAUAAACUGCUUUCUCCAUAACUUGACCAUAAAUUGAAAUCAAAUUAAAUUAAAUUGCAUUUGCAAGCACCGUUUUUUCAUUAAUUAAAAACUGUACAUAAUAUAAACUUAUAGUAAUCUAACUAUCAUUAUAGAAAUAUUACGUUACGUAUAUUAUAUACGUAAAUGAGAUCUUGAAAAGGUGGUCACCCUAGUUAUUAUUAAAUUGAAAUUGUAUCCCAAGUCAAAAAUCUAUAUCCUUGGUUUAGGCUGCGUACCGAGUGGACGCUCAAAGCCGAGUAGAGCGAAUGCUAAUUUUAAUCAGCGUGGAUUCCUCUGAUCAAUAAUAUUUUGUCUCGCGCAAACCGAUUUGUUGUAGGCGAGAAGACUACGAGAAAAGGCGAAGGAACCGUGCCGUUUGUACUCGGAAGACACGAGUUGUGUUCGUGCUCGUAACAGAUUCUUUUAUUCGCUUCAAAACUCUUUUUUGCAAGUAUUUGUUACCAACAUUUCUGUUAUUAUUUUAGUUCAGACUUUGAACAGAUGUUCUGUUAACCAAAACAUAACAAACAUGGUACGCAUAUAAGGGUAACUCAGAACAAGAGAGCAUGCUAUAUUUGCAAUUGGUUCGAGCGAGAAAACCAUUGAACAUCAAAGUGAACAAUAAGUCAUUUAUACGUUUGCAAACAAAUACCCGUCUUGCAGGAUACAUUCAUGCAAAGCAAUGAUCGAAAAUGAUAUCGAUAUAUCAAAUUUACCGCCAAAUAUUGUGACGAACACGGAUAUGAGAAAAAAAUAGUCA